GUCUGCAGGUCACAGCGGGUCACCUCGAGGAGAGAACGACUAGGAGGAGCACACAGCCUGAAGAGGUCCAGAAUAACUGCUUGAAGAAGAAAAUUCCCAGCAUGGAAAAAUCAUCCAAAGAAAAUGAAGAACAGCCACAGAGUGCGCCAAAGACGGAUGAGGAGCGGCCUCCAGAGGAGCACUGUCUCGGAAAGCAGUCUCCUGACGAGCAGUCCUCAGAGGAGCAGUCCUCUGAGGAGGAGUUCUUUCCAGAGGAGCUCCUUCCUGAGCUCCUGCCUGAGAUGCUCCUUUCAGAGGAGCGCCCCCCGCAGGAGCGCCUUUCCAGGAAGGAUUUGUUUGAGCAGCGCCCUCCCAUGGAGCAGCCUCCCUGUGGAGUGGGAAAACAUAAGCUAGAAGAAGGAAGCUUUAAGGAGAGGCUGGCUCGUUCUCGCCCACAAUUUAGAGGGGACAUACAUGGCAGAAAUUUAAGCAAUGAAGAGAUGAUACAGGCAGCAGAUGAUCUAGAAGAAAUGAAAAGAGUAAGAAAUAAAUUGAUGAUAAUGCAUUGGAAGGCAAAACGGAGCCGCCCUUACCCUAUUUAAUCUGUUCGGCCUUCAAUUCUGUUUUGUCUGCUGAUUUUAUUGCCACCUGAGCUUUCUGUUUGCAUUUUUUUAUAUGCGUUUUCCCAGCUGCUUAAUUUUAACUUUUUGUGUGGCUUUAUUUCAGGUGAUUGGCUUUUAAUUGUCAUAAAGUUUUGGUUUUUUACCCCCUAUAGUCUGCAGUCUCCCUCUUUCAAUCAGGAGUCCCACCCUUUGCAUGGAAAGAUGUA